AUGAUGGUUUUUUUUCAGUCCCAUCAACUCCCUGUGGAUUCAGUUUCUUUGAGUAAUCCAACCAAAAAUUCAGAUGAUUACGUCAUACUGGACGUGAGAAUUUUCCCAUCUGGCCUAAACCGUUUCAACCAAAGUCGAAUUUCUGGAAUAGGGUUUGUGCUGAGCAACCAAACUUUCAAGCCUCCCAGUGGAUUUGGACCGUCUGUCUUCCAUGGUGAUGGCUAUGGAAACUUCGCAGGAACCCAUAAAUCAACAAGUACUGGUGUCAUCAUCGGAGCAGCAGUUGGUGGCUCUGUCCUUGUGAUAUUAGUACUCCUCGCAGGAGUUUAUGCUUUCCGUCAAAAGAGAAGAGCUGAUAAACAGAAUAAUCCUUUUGUAUUGUACCUAUCAAGCAUCUUGGAACCCAGACAAAACAGUGGAGGUGUUCCUCAGUUAAAAGGAGCAAGAUUUUUCUCGUUUGAGGAGCUCAAGAGAUGCACAAACAACUUCUCAGAAACCAAUGAUCUUGGAUCUGGUGGCUAUGGAAAGGUCAGCUUUGAUAUUAUCUUGUUAUUUGAUAUAUAA